AUGCUCCCCAACGUUGAUCCCGCCAUCCUCGACGCCCUCGGGCUCGAAGCCACCAGCUCCAAGCUAGUCUCCCACGGUGGAUCUAGUUUCGCCUCGUCCUACAAACUAACCGCCACCAAAGACGGCCAUGAGCUCGCCUUCUUCGUGAAAACGGGCACCGGCCCCCAAGCCGAAGUCAUGUUCCGUGGCGAGUACGCCUCACUCAACUCCAUCCACGCCGCCGACCCGUCUCUGCACUUAUGUCCUCGCGCCCAUGCCCAUGGGCCCCUCCGUAACUCACCAGGCAAAUUCUUCCUCGCCACCGAUUUCCUCGAUAUGCGAGCCUCCUCUUCCGCAUCUUCUGGAUCAGCCUCCGGCAAAGACACCGGCCUCUCCCUCGCAGCGAAACUCGCCAAACUGCACACCACCCCAGCCCCCAUCCCCAAGGGCUUCAGCCGCCCCGUCUUUGGCUUCCCCGUACCCACAUGUUGUGGUGCCACUCGUCAAGACAACACCUGGACGGAGUCAUGGGCCGAGUUUUACGCGGAACGCCGCCUGCGCGCCAUCUUGCGAGAGAAUGUACGCCAGAAUGGGCCUGAUCGGGAGCUGGGCGAGGCUGUCGAGAAACUGGCGGCUAUUGUCGUGCCACGGUUGCUAGGGGACAACCAUCUGAAGGGUGUGCAGCCCGUCGUGGUGCAUGGUGACUUGUGGAGUGGAAAUCACGGGCAUGGGAGGAUUAUAGGAAGAGACGGCGGCCGCGGAGCAGGAGUCGAGGAGGUGGUGUUUGACCCGUCGGCAGUGUAUGGGCAUUCCGAGUAUGAUUUGGGGAUUAUGAACAUGUUCGGUGGGUUUGGAAGUCGGUUCUGGAAGGAAUAUGAGAGUCUUGUGCCCAAGGCUGAACCAAAGGAAGAGUGGGAGGAUCGAAUUGCGCUGUAUGAACUCUACCACCAUCUCAACCACUGUGCCCUAUUCAGCGGCGUAUACCGAAGUGGUGCCAUGUCCAUCAUGCGCAAGCUCAUCUCCAAGUACGGGAAUUCCGAGUCCCGAAGCGCCAAAACUCCCGCAGAAUAG